GGGCCGUCGCCGGGCGUCUGUCUGGUUGCUCUGGAGCCGGUCUGCGUGGCCGCCCGCCGCCCGCCAUGGGGAGCAGCGAGAGCAGCGAGGGCCGCAGGGUGUCCUUCGGAGUGGACGAGGAGGAGCGGGUCCGGGUCCUGCAGGGCAUCCGGCUGUCUGAAAACGUGGUGGACCGCAUGAAGGAUCCCUGCCAGCCUUCUAGGGCAGGGCAGCCUCUGCCUCCUCCUGUUCCUCCGCUGUCUACACCCGGCACCUGUGAAGGUCCAGAGAAAGGCUCCUCGCCACCCAGGUCAGAGGCCUCGGGGACAGAGGAUCUCCUCAAGAGGUAUAAGCAGGAGCAGGCCACACUCCAGGACGAGCUGCUCCAGGUGGCGCAGCGGGAGCGCGAGGCAGCCAGGAAGCCCCCGCAGAGUGGGGAGGGCAGCCGUGGCCCGGAGCAGCGCAAGUCAGACCAGCUGGCUCGGGAGCUGGAGAGCCGGGAGGCAGAGCUGAGGCGCCGAGAGACCUUCUAUCAGGAGCAGCUGGGGCGCAUCGAGAAGAAGAGCGCUGAGAUGUAUAGACUGUCUUCGCAGCAGUUCCACGAGGCGGCCUCGAAAGCGGAAUGCAAGAUAAAGCCCCGCAGGGUGGAGCCCGUGUGCGGGAGGCUGCAGGCCCAGCUCCUUCACUGCUACCGAGCCCACGCACAGGAGGUGCUGCUGUGCUCUGACCUGGUGAAGGCCUACCAGCACUGUGUGAGUGCCGCCCACAAGGGCUGAGGACGCCGCCCCUUGGGGCCUGCAGCGGUGCACCAGAGUGUGGGACCAGGUGUGGGACCAGAGCCCCGGCCACCGCCUCCUGCCGGACGCCUACAGUGGCCUGUGUGCCAGGAGCGUGUGUCAGGACAGUGCGUGUGCCCCCGUCCAGACCCAAUAAAGUGCUGUCGGUCCUUCA